GCUGUGAGCCCCAUGGCUCUGCCUCAGACCGUAGCUGCUUUCCACGCGCUGGUGGGUGCCGCGGCCGUUGCGACUUGCCUUGGAAGCCACCUGAUCCACCCACAUGCAGCCCUGGGCCACAAGGUAGGAGCAAUGCUCGGAAACGCCAUUGGAGGAAUUACCUUCACCGGCAGUCUCAUCGCAUUCGGCAAGCUGAAUGGCAAUCUUGGCUCAAAGCCUUUCAACUUGCCCAACAAGAACAUGCUGAACGCUGGCAUGGCGGCCGCCCAGAUGGGGAUGCUCGGCGUGUUCUGCGCGACGGACUCUGCGGGGCUCGGCACGGCUCUCAUGUAUAGCACCACUGCGCUUUCUUCAGCCAUGGGCGUGCACCUUGUGGGCAGCGUUGGUGGGGGUGACAUGCCCUGCUGUAUUACAGUCUUGAACUCCUACUCCGGGUGGGCCCUGGUCGCAGAGGGCAUGCUGCUGGGUAGCCCUACCCUCACGGUGGUGGGCUCGCUAAUCGGCUUUAGCGGAGCCAUUCUGACCAAGAUCAUGUGCGAUGCCAUGAACCGGGAUAUCCUGAAUGUCAUCUUCGGCGGAAUGCAGAUGGCGCCACCGAAAAAGGAGGGCGCGGUCGAAGUGAAGGAGCACAGGGAGACAAAGCCAGAAAUGGUUGCGGACCUUCUUCUCGAUGCCAAGGAGGUGAUGAUCGUGCCCGGCUACGGCAUGGCCGUUUCUCAGGCGCAGCGAGCCGUCGCGGACAUUGCCAGCUUCCUGAAGGAGAAAGAAAUCAACACGCGCUUCUCCAUCCAUCCUGUUGCGGGUCGAAUGCCCGGACAGAUGAAUGUUCUCCUCGCAGAAGCAGGUGUCCCCUACGACUGGGUGCACGAGAUGGAUGAGGUCCAGGAUGACAUGUCCAACGUGGACGUGUGCCUAGUGGUAGGUGCGAACGACAUCACCAACGAAGCAGCAGAGGUGGAUGAGGACUGCUCCAUCUACGGCAUGCCUGUCGUCAAAGUGUGGGAGGCUAAGAACUGCAUCUACCUCAAGCGGUCUAUGGCUGGAGGUUACGCGGACAUCGAAAAUCCGGUGUUCUUCCGCGAGACCACUCAGAUGCUGUUAGGCGAUGGCAAGGCAAGCUGCGAAGGCAUCGCAGCGGCGCUGAAGACGAAGAGCGGAUGA